AACAUGAAUGAUAGUUGGAUGGAUAUUGUCACCUGAAAUACAACUAUGUCAGACUGUUUGCUUGCGUCUGUUAGCUGAAGCUAGUUAGCUGCUAACCAAUAGCUUUUGAGACUGUGCUUUCACUUGCAUACAGCCUGCCAUUUUAAUUUAUGACAAUGCAGUGAACCCUACAUUGAAAUUUGAUCAUAAUUUAAUAUAAAUGGUGUUUUGAUGUAAUUAGGGUAUAUAUAUAUGUUCCAGUUGGUACAUGGAUUACAACAUGAAUGAUAGUUGGAUGGAUAUUGUCACCUUGGGCAUAAAUUACAUUGUCAUCAUUUCAUAUUGAACUCCUCGAUGGGAUACAUUUAGUUAUUUUGAGAGCUAUUACAUUUAAAAACAUAUAAAUAAGAUGGACCUACUUUCUGUGUUUCACUUCUCUACAUGCUCAGGGCAUGUGGAUGCUCUGAGUAUGUAGAGAAGUGAUGUGGAUGCUCUGAGCGGGCCCCGUGUGUCAUGCGCGCAGCCGAGCACAUGGCUAAUUAAGCCCGUGAAUAUUCAUGAGAUACCCGAGGGGAAGACGGUGGAAUAGUCUAUCGUGAUACCUAAAGUGCGGAGUUUCAACGUGGUGUCUAACGUUAAAAGACGUCAGAGCCAUGAUGUCCAAAAGGAAGUCCAGGAUAAAGCCUGUCGAAGAUGCAAUGUCGUACAUUCUGUCUUCCAGAGACAAGCCAUGGUUUGCAGAAAGAUUUAUCAACAAUAUCAAAGGAAGAGGAGUGUUUGCUACCGAACCAAUUGAGCAAGGCUCUUUUGUGUUGGAGUACAGGGGUGAAUUCAUAUCAGUGGAAGAAUGCCGAUCAAGGCACUACUCAGAGACACAGAGUACAUUCCUGUAUGAAUUUGAUUGGCAGAAACGCCAGUGGUGUAUUGAUGCAUCCAAAGAAGAUGGGUCCCUUGGAAGAUUAGUGAAUGACAACCACACAUCUCCAAACUGCAUCAUGAAAAAAGUUAUAGUAAACAACAAGCCACAUUUGUGUCUGUUUGCUGUGAAGAACAUAGAAAUAGGAAGUGAACUUGAUUACAACUAUGGUGAUUCAAAAUGGCCAUGGCGUAACAAGGUGACAUACAAGCAGGCUCCUGCAGCAGAAGAAGAAGAAGAGAUGGCUGUGCUUCCUGUUAAUCUAUCUUCCCGUGAUGAUGAUGAUGAUGAUGAUGCUAGCCCAAAGGUGACAUACAAGCAGGCUCCUGCAGCAGCAGAAGAAGAGAUGGCUGUGCUUCCUGUUAAUCUAUCUUCCCGUGAUGAUGAUGAUGAUGAUGAUGCUAGCCCAAAGGUGACAUACAAGCAGGCUCCUGCAGCAGCAGAAGAAGAGAUGGCUGUGCUUCCUGUUAAUCUAUCUUCCCGUGAUGAUGAUGAUGAUGAUGAUGCUAGCCCAAAGGUGACAUACAAGCAGGCUCCUGCAGCAGCAGAAGAAGAGAUGGCUGUGCUUCCUGUUAAUCUAUCCUCCCACGAUGAUGAUGAUGAUGCUAGCCCAAAGGAAUUUACUGUCAGAGGAUCAUCCCUGGUGGAUUAUUCCGACAGUGAUGAAACCAAUGAGAAUUGUUUAAAUGACCAGCCAUUGGGUCCACACUGUGAUGAAGUUGUUCCAAAGUUGAGAAGGACAAAAAGCAUUCUGAUGAAAACAGUUCCAGAUUUUUCUGAUGAUCUCUACGAUUCAAGUGAUGACGGUACAGAGGGCCCUUCAACUCAGUCCAAGUCUGAGAUGGCUUCACAAAGGUUGCUAGCAUUACAGAGGCACAGGAGUCAGAAGAUGAGGACAGUAUGAUGUCACUGCCAGCCAGCACCUCUGCAGCGUCUGCCCAAAACCAGAGAAGUUCUGCAAAAACUAGAGAAGCCAGGAUGGCAGAAGCCCAGGAAUCAGAAGAUGAGGCAAGCACCGCAUCACUGCAAAAAAGCAUCCCUACAGCGUCUGCCCAAAACCAUAGGAGGAAGUUUGCAAAAAAGAGAAGUAAACAAACCGCUGUUAAAAGAAACUGGACACCAGAAGAAUGUGCUGCAGUACGACGACAUUUAAAGAAAUUCAUUGUGAUGGCGCAAGUCCCAGGGAAGGAGGACUGUCAGCGCUGCAUCACUGCAGAACCUCAAGCUCUGAAGAGCCGAGACUGGAGGGCAGUGAAAUACUUUAUUAAAAAUCGAAUUUCUUCUCUGCGAAGAAAAAUAGAGUGAAAGUGUUUCACUGAACAGGGUAAAAGAUAGGCUAGUAGGAGGAAGUUCUAUAAUAUUUGACAUAGCCCUACUGGAAGCAAAACAAAGCUCAACAAUGUUUUUAUAUUCUCUGAAGUCUCACACAUAUAAAAUAGAUUCUUGCAUUAUAACAUAAACUGAGCUCAGGUGCACCAAUGUCCCACUCAGUCUGGCUGUAUUUAUUCCUGAAAUGAUUUAGGGAAUGUGUUACAGUAGUCAUAAAUUUAACCACUUUAUGUUAAAAUAUGUUUAUAUCAUAAUCUACUUCAUAUAGCUGAGACUGAAGAGGAUCUGAAAACAUGUUUGUGCUCUGUUUUACCUCCGGUAAGGACGUCUCAAAUACUAAAGUACGUCAAAGUCUCCAAUGUUAUCAUGUUUUUAUGUUAUUAUGUUGUGUUUUUAUCAACACAAGGAGCUGUUUUCCUGUUACCAAAGCUCAUUGUAAUACUCAGCACUUGAUUUGCAGCAUUAACAGUUUUCUGCAUACAUGUUAUCAGUUAUUACAUUAUGAGAAAAUUAUAACAUAAACUAAGCAUGCAGCAAUUCUUUUUUUACUUUUUUCUCAAAAUAACAAAACUCUGGCUUACUUUAUAUUAUAACUUUUUAAUAAUGUAGCUUAUUUCAUCAGGCACAUUACGCUGUUGUAAUGUAAUGUGUUUAUUGUUUUGUAGUAUGUUCAGAUUAUAACAUAAUGAGCUUUUAUUACACUAAAGUAAUUACUUUAUGUGUAGUUAAUUACAUUUUUUAAGUUAAAUACACUAUGUGUAGUUGUUGUUUUAGCCAUUGCCUCCAGUCAUCAUAAGUUGGUUUAGACAGAGCUGUUUUUGUUGUUGACUUUACUCAGACCUUAGUUUGUAUUAUUAACAUUUAAAAUGCAAAUAUUGUCUGACAGUCACUCUGUCUUUAUCCACAAACAACACAUGCUCACUGAAGACAAAAUGUGUUGCAGAGUUCAUUUUAGGGAAUGUUUUCUGUAAAAAAAAUGACCGAUGGUAGUUCCAGAAUGAAAAAUGUUAACCUUAAAUAAGAUAAAGGGGUUCGUUUGUCAAGAAAAGUCACCAUACUUUAGAGAGUUUUCAGCGGGUGAUUGUUUUUUAAUCAUCACAUCACUGCUGUGUCUACCUAAUGUGAGGAGAGGAGAUGCAGGAUGUAAAUCUGAAUGUAAACCUCUGCUGCAGCCCUGCAGUUUGUUUGUUAAUAAAAAACAAACUAAAGAAACAA